UCCUCUCUAUGGGUUCUGGAAAAACAGAUUACUGGUAAAUGUAAUGUAUCUUUUUUCACCUAAGUGUCGCUCUCCUUCGACAGGAGUACACCAUAGUGAAGAAGACAUCAGGGGACUGUGUGACUCCCAUCAUCCAUCUCCAGGAGUCAGAAGUGCGGAGCAGGACCCCUCACACCAUCACAGAGCCUCCCCCUCACCCCCUGAUACAUGAGCAGAAGAUCCUAGAACUCACCCACAAGAUGAUGGAGCUGCUGACUGGAGAGGUUCCUAUACGGUGUCAGGAUGUCACUGUCUAUUUCUCCUUGGAGGAGUGGGAAUAUAUAGAAGAACACACGGAUCUGUACAAGGAGGUCAUGAUGGAGGAGCACCAGCCUCUUAUAUCACAAGAUGAAUCCAGGAGGAGAAAUCCACCAAAGAGAUGUCCCUGUCCUCUGUAUUCCCAGGACUGUCCAGAGGAGAAGGUCCCAGAGAAUCCUCAGAUGACAAAUCAGGGAGAAGAUCUGACUGAUAUUAAAGUGGAGGAUAAAGAAGAGAGAAUGAUGGGCGAUCCCCUAUGUAAGAGUGAGGUGGAGGAGGACAUUCCAGGAGAUGUCACCACAGAAAAUCCCAGUAUGAAUUCUGAGGGUAACAUUAUGUUAUCACUAAAUUAUAAAGUAGAAGAUGAAGCUGUCAUGCAGCGCUCUUCAGGAGAAAACCUCAUUACCUUAAAUGUAUAUCCAGAACUACACAGUACAGAUCUAUCCUAUAACCCCCCUAAUCAUGAGGAACCUUCUCCUGACCAAUCACAGAUUUUUACCACAAGUACAGGUCAAGUGGUUUCUAUACACAAAGGAGUUCACACAGUAGAGAUUUCAUACUCCUGCUCAGAAUGUGGCAAAUGUUUUACAAAUAAAUCAAAUCUCGCUACACAUAAAAGGAUUCACACAGGAGAGAGGCCGUAUUCAUGUUCAGAAUGUGGGAAAUGUUUUAUACUGAAGUCACGUCUUGUUACACAUCAGAGAAUUCACAAAGGAGAGGAAGCGUAUUCAUGUUCAGAAUGUGGAAAAGGUUUUACAAAAAAAUCUAAUCUUGUAAGACAUGAGAGAACUCACACAGGAGAGAAGCCAUAUUCAUGUUCAGAAUGUGGGAAAUGUUUUACACAAAAAUCACAUCUGGUUAAACAUCAAAAAUUUCACCCAGAAAAGAAUCCGUUUUCAUGUUCAGAAUGUGGGAACUGUUUUGCCCAAAAAGUAGAUUGUAUUAGACAUCAAAGAAGUCACACAGGAGAGAAGCCGUAUUCAUGUUCAGAAUGUGGGAAAUGUUUUAUACAGAAGUCACGUCUUGUUACACAUCAGCAAAUUCACAUAGGAGAGGAAGUGUAUUCAUGUUCAGAAUGUGGAAAAGGUUUUACAAAAAAAUCUAAUCUUGUUAGACAUGAGAGAACUCACACAGGAGAGAAGCCGUAUUCAUGUUCAGAAUGUGGGAAAUCUUUUACAGACAAAUCACUUCUUGUUAGACAUCAGAGAAGUCACACAGGAGAGAAGCCAUAUUUCUGCGCAGAGUGUGGAAAUAGUUUUACACAGAAAUCAAGUCUUGUUACUCAUGAGAGAAUUCACACAGGAGAAAAACCAUAUUCAUGUUCACAUUGUGAAAAAUGUUUUACAGAUAACGCCGGUCUUCUUAGACAUAAGAGAAGUCAUACAGGAGAGAAGUCAUUUAAGGAUCUGUACAAGGAGGCCAUGAUGGAGGAGCACCAGCCUCUUAUAUCACAAGAUGGAUCCAGGAGGAGAAAUCCACCAGAGAGAUGUCCCCGUCCUCUGUAUUCCCAGGACUGUCCAGACGAAAAGGUCCCAGAGAAUCCUCAGAUGACAAAUCAGGGAGAAGAUCUGAUUAUUAUAAAAGUGGAGGAUGAAGAAGAGUGGAUGAUGGGCGAUCCCCUGUGUAAGAGUGAGAAGGAGGAUGUUCCAGGAGAUAUCACCACAGAAAAUCCCAGUAUGAAUUCUGAGGGUAACGUUAUGUUAUCACUAAAUUAUAAAAUAGAAGAUGAAGCUAUCAUGCAGCGCUCUUCAGGAGAAAACCUCAUUACCUUUAAUGUAUAUCCAGGACUACACAGUACAGAUCUAUCCUAUAACCCCUCUAAUCAUGAGGAACCUUCUCUUGAACAAUCACAGAUUUUUACCACAAGUACAGGUCAAGUGGUUUCUAUACACAAAGAAAUUCACACAGUAGAGAUUUCAUACUCCUGCUCAGAAUGUGGGAAAUGUUUUACUAAUAAAUCAAAUCUCGCUACACAUGAGAGAAUUCACACAGGAGAGAAGCCGUAUUCAUGUUCAGAAUGUGGGAACUGUUUUACACAAAAAUCACAUCUUGUUAAACAUCAGAAAUUUCACACAGAAAAUAAUCUGUUUUCAUGUUCAGAAUGUGGGAAAUGUUUUGCACGAAAAGUAGAUUUUGUUAGACAUCAAAGAAGUCACACAGGAGAGAAGCCGUAUUCCUGUUCAGAAUGUGGGAAAUGUUUUAUACAGAAAUCACGUCUUGUUAUACAUCAGAGAAUUCACAUAGGACAGGAAAUGUAUUCAUGUUCAGAAUGUGGCAAAGGAUUUACAAAAAAAUCGAAUCUCGUUAGACAUGAGAGAAGUCACACAGGAGAGAAACCGUAUUCAUGUUCAGAAUGUGGAAAAUGUUUUACAGAUAAAUCACUUCUUGUUAGACAUCAGAGAAGUCACACAGGAGAGAAGCCAUACUUCUGUGCAGAAUGUGGGAAAUGUUUUACAUUUAAAUCAAAUUUUGUUAAACACGAAAGAUAUCACACCAGAGAGAAACCAUAUUCAUGUUCAGAAUGUGGAAAAUGUUUUACAGAUAAAUCAAAUCUUGCUAGACAUGAGAGAACUCACACAGGAGAGAAGCCAUAUUCAUGUUCAGAAUGUGGCAAAUGUUUUACAGAUAAAUCACAUCUUGUCACACAUGAGAGAAGUCAUACAGGAGAGAAGCCGUAUUCAUGCUCAGAAUGUGGAAAUUGUUUUACACAGAAAUCAAGUCUUGUUACACAUGAGAGAAUUCACACAGGGGAGAAGCCAUAUUCAUGUUCACAUUGUGGAAGAUGUUUUACAGAUAAAUCAAGUCUUGUUAGACAUGAGAAAUGUCACACAGGAGAGAAGUCAUUUUGAUAUUUUAUAUGCAGACAUUUUUUUGUAAUUCUAAAACUCAUCAGAUCAGAAGAAACUAAUUUUUUGGGAAUAUGGGAAAUUCUAUAAGGGCAAAAAAUUAUUUUAAAUCCAGUUAUUCACAGACAUUAAGGUUGGGGCUAAAUGGUAACUUGUUGUGUAGCAGCAAGUCUCAGAACUGGCAUGCAUCUUCUCUACAACUCCCUGUUGUGCGCUAUUUUAUAGAUGAACUAUGGCUGCAGAAAAGUCACAGUUGAGUUGUAAUCAUGUAAAAAAAGUAUUGUGCAUAUAAGGAAGAGAAGAAGAGCCUUGUUUUCUUCCAGAGCAGUGAAGAUAAACUGUCCCCACGAACCUUGCUUCUUAUCACUGUAUUCAUACCUCCACCCACACUGCGGGAGAGUCCAGAGUGACAUGGGGAAAGUAACGAUGCUGUGUAAUAGUUUUAAAAUGUAUUAAAGGGGUUUUCUGGGAUUUUACUACUGAUAGGUCAUCAGUCUCUGAUCGGUGGGGGUCUGACACUUGGGACCCCCACUGAUCACCUGUUUGAGGUGAAUGGGGCUGAGCUGCAAUACCAAGCACAGCCACUAUACUCUGUAUGGCGCUGUGCUUGGUGAGUAGAGAGAAAGCCGCGGUGCUCACAAGAGCAUUGGUGCUUCUUAAACAGCUGAUCGGCGGGGGUCCUGGGUGUCGGACCCCCACAAUCAGAUACUGAUGACCUAUCCUGAGGAUAGGUUAUCAGUAGUACAGUUCCAGAAAACCUCAUUAAUACUUCAUCUUCAUUUAAACAGUAUUUUAAAGAUAAAAAACUCUUCUAUUUGCUCCACAACAUCGUCACCAUUGUCACUGGCAGACAAUGUCUUUUUGGCUGAUAUUAUACUUUCUCCUAGCGCUGUGACCUUCAUUGCUCCUAUAGACUAACCCUCCAGUGCGGAGAAAUUAUAAGAAAUACAGGGUUUUGGAUUAUCUAUAGCCAUGUAUUAUAUUUUAUUUGUGUAAAUCCAAGAUGGAGAGACAGGUAUAGAGGUUUAUGCCUGAAUGGAAUGCACUUUAUACAGUACACUUUAUUAUGGAUCAAGCUUUAGGGCUUAUCUGACCAAUAUUUGUCCAAUCAGACCAAUAGUCGGUGUGUAUAACAAAAGAUCUAUGUAAUACAGCCCUUACUCUGGUUCUCACAUGAAAAGGUCUUGGAGUAUCAGAUAUCUCUCACAGAUGCUAAAUAAGGGGUGAGCAGAAGGCACACAGGAUGUGCAAGGGCAAACUGCCCAAAAAUGCUGUUUGCCUAAGAAUCUAUUCUUACAUACUGUAUGGGGAAGGGGGGGGGGUGCAAAAAGUUUCUUGCAGACAGAGGAGGAUACUGGAUCGAUCAUAAGGGACCAGAGGAAAGGAUUGAUAGAUAGACGUAAGUGUGUACAGUGUCCAUGUUAGGUAACUAUGUAUCAUUGGUACUGUCAAUUUUAAUGAAAAAAGUAAAUUUAUAGCGGAAUCUUUGUUGUUGAUUUACAAAAUUGUCUCUGUAAGUUAAUGUAUUACUUUCUGGUUCCACAUUUGAUAUUUAUAUACUUUGUUGCCUAACCUUCGAUUCAGACUAAAUAAAA